UCCUUUCAAUUGAAAUUUCCUAUAUUUAUGUUGCAUUCAGGCGAACACCAAACACUGUAUGAAGUGCGUGUGUGUGCGUGAGCACAACACCCAAUGCUUGUCUAUGUCUCCCCGAAUGUGCCUGUUGGUGUUUUCUGUUAUUGCACUGUUGUUGGUCUGCCAUUUGCCAUACGCGUUUGUUUUUGUUUGAGCAAUCAAGUCUCUCAGACAGUAUUAUGCUCUCUCUCUCGCUCGGCAAGUGAAUUUUCCUCAACGAAAUUGGAUUGGUGUUUUAGUCUCCUUGAACGUGUCUGACUGUAAAAAUGUUUUGUGAAAAUAAUGCGGUGUCAAACGUCUUAGUCGCGUGUUUUGUUACUUCGUGAAUUUUCAUUUCAUUUUAAGUUUUCUUUAUUAGUUUUUCAUUUUUGCACAAGUGUUUUCAAUCGCACAAUAAUUUUCAAUAAUUGUUUUGGAAAAGAAGCAAGUGUUCUGAUAUGAAAAUACAAUAAAUAGUGUAAUCAUCAUCCCUUCAUAAAACAGAGAGAGGGGUUCGUUCUUUCGUCUGAUUAGUGGCCGUGAAUGGAAAACGAUUUUGCCGUCGUAGUCAAUUUUCUUGCUUCUUCGCCAUUGUGUUUCGUCGUUCUUAUGCGUUUUGUUCGGGGAAUACAUAUAUAUUGUGAAUCAAAUAAAACUACGGAGAAUAUUUAAGAAAAAUAAAAAAAUGAAAAUUAUUAAAUUGGAAAUAAAAGUAUAAAAUGCGAAUGGCGUGUUAUUAAAAAAAGAAAAUCAGAAAAAUUAUAUGAUAACAAAAAAGGAGACAAUAUUGGCGUGAUAAUUUUUAUAAAAAUUUAAAAAAAAAAACAUAUUUAUAAAAUGUUAAAAAUCCCCCAUUUGUUUUAAAUGUUGCAACGAAAUCUAAACCAGAAGCUCUGCUUUAGAUAAAGCCAUUUGUUAAUGAGAACAGCAAAGAGUCACCACUCAGUAUGAGAUAGAGAGAGAGAUUGAGGUUGAGAGAGUAUAAUAAAGUGUUAUAUGAUACGGCAUUCAUUACCAAUCCAAACAAAUGUAUUGAAAACACAAAGUGUACUAGAGAAAAAAAAAAAAACAAUAAAAAUACACAAUAUUGAAAGACUGAAAAAAAUUCAAUUUUAAAAAUAAACAACAACAAAAAAGAAAGAACAAACAAAUUCCAAAACCAAAAAUAACCCAUUCUCCCGCAACAAAGAAAAAAGUGCAUAGCAACCAAACCAAAUAAAGUCUUCCCCCAAACAAUUAUUACCAAAAAAAAAAAACUUAAUAAAAAUAAAACAACACAAAGCUUUGCAUGGGUCCAUCACAGAAAACCCUCGAGAAAAACAAAAAAAAAAAACAUAAAUAAAAAAUCCAGAAUUUUUGAUUCUGAAAAUAAAACGCACAAGAGAACAACAAAAAAACUGUGAAAAAUACCAAUCAACAUUGAUGCAAAGUGAGCUGCAACAUUUUCUUCGCUUGGAAACAUUAUUGCCAGCAACAUGUUGACAUAGAACUGCAAAUGUAUUUUAACUCCCAGCUUUUAACUACGUUAACAUAAGGAGAGAAAGAGAACAAUAGUUAUCUCACAACAUCCGAGGAGAGAGGGAGAGAGCCUAAUUCCUCAAAACUAAAUGUUGUUAAUAAUUUUGGCAUUUCUCAUGAAAAUCAGUGACAUUUCCAAAAUGCACGGCAAACGAUUUAUGUUAAACAAUGCCAACGGCAACCACAACAACAGCAAUCACAACAAUUCAAAUACCAAUACCAACAACGGCAACAUGUCGCACAAACACAAAUGGCAACACAUUGUUGCCGGUGGCAAAACCUCAACAAAUCACAACAACAACAAUUCAAACUCCAGUAGUACCAGCAGUGGUUGUGACAGUGCCGCCUCCUCACAAUCGACCAAUUCCUCUUCCAAAGAGAACAACUAUCAUCACCAACAACACCAGGAACAUUUACAAAAUGUCUCCUUGACACCUCAGCAAUUGCAAAAAUUGCGUUACUAUCAUCAGCUGCAGCAGCAACAAUUGCAGCUGUUGCAACAACAAUUGAUACAACGGAAACGUUUGCAACAACAACUGCGCGAACAAGGAGUUGAAAUAUCCUCCAAAGCCUCGGGGAAAACAACCACCCCAGCCUUGACUUGCAACCAACAAUAUUUGCGACAAAUGCGUCAGCAACAACAAAUUUAUCAGGUUAUGAGACCUGAACAACACCAACAGCAACGUUUUCAAAAACCCCAACAACUGGACAACUAUAUGUUCCACAAUAAAAAUAUCAAUGAUAUUUUAAAUAAUAAUAACAACAACAUUACAACCAAUGAUUAUUAUCUACAACAACAACAACAAAUGCAACAAUUAAAUGAUGGCCAACAGCAACCUAAUGCCAUGCAUUUUAAAGGACAAAAAUCCAAUCGUGGCAUGACAGAAUUCUCCACAAACAACGACAUCAACAAUAAAUCUCAUCAUCUAUCAUCUCAGCCGCUUCAAAAUUCACCACGCCAUCAUCAUUAUCUAGCCAACAAUCAUACAACUAAUUUCACCACACCACAGCAACAACAUCAUCAUCCAAAUAACACACACAACACCACAUUCAAUGCACAAUUUAACAAACAAUUCACACAAACAUUAAAACAACAGCUCAUCAAUAACUGUAAAAAUAAUCAAAUCACCACCACCCCAUCAGCGACAAACGCAACGAACGUGACGACGACGACGAUAAAUUCUUCUGCAAAUAUCAACAAUAAAUUUAAUGACGUGCUUCGCUCACCCUCAUCGAACGGCUCAUCAGUAACACAUUCCCCCACGCAUUACCGCAAGCCAUUUAAUUCACCACAAAAUUCACCCUUUACCGGCGGCAUCACCUGUGGCCAGCAACAUCUCUUGCAACAGCGCCGUAAAUUGCCCUUCCUAACGCACACCCAGUAUCAGCAACAUUUGAAUGAUCUACUCUCGCAGCAGCAACAUUUGCAACAGCAGCAACAACAAUUGUUGCUAGGCAAGGACGCCAGCGCCAGUGCCACCGAUGACGAGCUCAGCGAAGAGAGUUUGAAACAAAAUGUGGCCAUUGUUCUGAGCAAUUUGGAUCGUUACAACAACGCUCUGCGUAGCAUUAUUUUGAAUGAGCAGGUCAACACGAACACUGCUAGUUCUUCGGUAUUUUAUGACGAGUCAGAUUUGAAUUUUCUCAACUGUGGUAACAACAAUCAACAGCUAUCGAACAAUAUGGCAACGGCAAUAACACCGGAAUCGGACUACAACAGCAAUGCCACAACGCCGGGCUCGCGCAGCAACAACAUGCUGCCGCCCUACGACUCGUCGGCGUCCAGCAACAUGUUGCCCAAUCAGGCCCAACAACAAUUGGUAGGUUAUACGCAUAACAACGUUAGUAGUGGUAUAAACAAUGCUUGUAGUGGUGGUGGUGUUGGUGUCGGGGUCGGUAAUGCUUAUAUGGGCAACAAUUUAACUUGUUCGUUGGCUUCGUCCCACGAUUUUACUCAUGAUAAUUCUGAUUACCAGUGGUUCUUGGACUACGGCUACAGAGAUGGCUGUGGUGGCAUGCAACGCAGUGUGCUCUCCUCGCUGUCGGCCUCGUACAACGGUUUGGGUGAUCUCAUCUAUGAAGAUUUGGCCAAGAAUCUGGAUGCCAAUCUGGCCGAAGUGGACAUGGAGAGUUUUCGGGCCGAGGACAUACACUCCUUGCUCUCACAAUUGCCCUCGUAUUGUAAGAGUCUAGGCGGUAAUCGUUUGCAGCAAUCACUGCUGAUGCAACAGCAACAGCAGCAGCAUCAACAACAUCACUUUAUGUCAUCACAAAAUAUGACAGCACAACAAAUGCAACAACAAAUGGCUGCAGCUCAAACCAUGUCACAGACAUCAACAACAUCCACAAAUGAUUUGAUUGAUAAUUCAUUUUGUAAAUCGGAAUUGUUAUUUUCACCCGUCAAAGAAUCGCACAUAUCGGUGGAUUCUCUCGACAUGGAUGGCUAUCCGGAUGAUGGUGAUAUAAUACUGACAUGUAAGGCAAAUAAGGAUAACUAUACCAUAGCGUUUGAGGGUAGUGUCCUCUAUUCGGAUGAAAGUUUUUAUGAACCCAAUGAAAUCGCCAUGAAGAACAAACAGAACUGCAUUAAUUUGCAUAGCAAUCUGGAUGAUAUUGUCAAGCGUAAAUCUCUGGAAGUCUCUAUGUCAAGGUCAGAACAGCCACAGCCCUGUAAUAUGCGCAACAAAUUGCAAAAGUCACAUACAACACAAUUGCAAAGUCUAUAUGCUUUACUUUCUUCUCCUGCGCAUAGAUAUCCAUCGGGCAACAAUAACAAUGCUCCCGAUGCCAUUAUCAUAAGUCGACCGGCUCUACAGCAGCUGACCAAUGCCAUUAGCGGUGUACGCAAGAGCAGUAGUUUGCCCAAUUUACGUGACGACAGUCAAGAGGUAAUGAUUUUGAGUCAAACUCAGAUACAUCCUCUACAGCAUCAGCAGCAGCUGGAAGUAAAACAACCAUUGAAUGUCUCACAGGCGAUCAGUACCUCCAAUAUGGAGGCAAAUUUGAAAUGUCGCAAUUUAUUGCCCAUGUGCCAGAUACCCAUUACAGCCAAUUCCACAGCAGCGUCCAUUGAUGAGCGGUUAAAUGAUUUAGCGCAACAGCAGCAGCAGCUGCAGCAACAGUCCAGUGGUUCGCACCAUCAUCAUCAUCAUCAGCAGCAGAAACACAAUAAACAUAGGUGUUGUUGUGGUGGUGGCAGCAGCCACAGCAGUGGUGCCGGUACCAGCCAUCACUCAACCUCCAUGGCCAGUAACAAUGGUUCUGCCACCCUAACGUCGCAUCACUCGAACAAGGCUCACAUUUCAGGUUCUACUUCGUCGGGUUCCUCGAACCCGCCAGCAUUCAAUCUAGUCAAAUUGUUUAUCAAACAGAAAAGCACAAAUUGUUCUUUGGAAGAUCAACCAAGUGCUCACACCUGCAUGGAUGUGUCCUCGGGCUGUUGGCCAUCCAGUGAUGCGGCCAACUCAAGCACAAGUUCUUCGCUGGAGCAGCGUUUGCGCAAGAAGAGCAUGAAUGACUCGGGUAAGGGAUCUGCCCUUAGUAGACAUGACGAGGAGGAGGUGGCCGAUGCCUCGGCUUUAACAUUCCAAAUGGAUGCCUCAUCGUCUACACCCAAAAAACAGCAGCAGCAACAACAACAGCGCCGCUCUUCACUGUUCUACGAUGAGGAGCCCAGCUCCAGUUCAACGGGUUCAUUGACGGCCACAAACUCACCAGCACACCGCAGACGUAGCAUGCCUCUGCGCAAUCCCGCUCUAAACCACUUGGCCACUCAACAUCACAAUUCCGGCAACAACAACAACUCCACUGCUAGUCUCCUAUCAUCGGAUAAUACCUCGGAACAAAUGACCCAAAUCCAUUUGUCAUCGGGUCAAGAAGCCUCAUCCUCAUCAGCCUCAUCAUCUGCCAAAGCUGAGCGCAACAAACAGCGCCGAAGUCGCGAUGCCUCCCGGCCCAUAUCGAAUGCAUCCAGCUCGGAAAUGAUAACCCGUUCCAUGCAAACCUCCUGCGGCAGUCUAAGUACACGUAGCAGCUUAAGUGAUCGUUUCCGUUGUGUGCCACCUUCAUUUUUGGAAAAACUCAAUAAUCUGGGUGAGGAGAGACAGGCGCCCAUCUAUGUGAUCUAUCCGAAUUAUGCUCUGCCCGAUUUGGGUUUCGUCAAGACCUCAGCCACACCGGAUGUCAUUUUCUCACCCUUCAACUACAAGAACUCCAUUGGCAGCGCCUCAUCGUCAUGUGCUUCCCUGAAGAAACGUUUCAGCCUCAUGGCUGGCAGUGAUGAAGAUGAAAUACUCAAGACAAUGGACUACAAGCACAUACAAGACUGGCAUUCGUUGGUCACCCUGUUGCCGGGUGAUUACAGGCGUAGACUAAAACACAUUCCACAAGUUGACGGAAUUCUCAGCCAGUUGGAGGCUGAAUUGGCCCAGAAACCAUUGUUCUGUCUAACUCCGCCCGUCAGACGCAAUAGACCCCACAUUUGCGAUUGCAAUCAAUACUUCCAGCAGCGUGACCAGCAACAAAACACUGGCCACCAGGCCGAGGCAACAGCUGCUGGUGCUUCGUCCAGUUCUGGUUCUAGUCAACAACCCUCGUCGGGCUAUCGUGGUUCUUCGACCAUGCUCACCGAUUCAGAAUUCGAUGCCAGUUCGGGUAGUGGCGAUAAUCAUCUGAAACAAAUGUAUGUCUAUCAAUAUGAACAGCAACGCAUGGAUUCGGGUGUAGAAAUGAGUCCAAAGGUGCAAUCAACGCCCGUGCCAAUGCCCAGAGGCAUUUUGCGCAAGAGCUCUUCGGCGGUGAGAAAUAAACGUAAUUCUAUGAUAGAGCAAGACAGCAAACAGGCCAAGUUGGAGAAGAGACGUUCUCUGCAAGAACCACCCCAUCAUUAUCACAUUGGUUCUGCCGAGGAAUUGGCGGAAGUUUUCGAGGAAGAACCAGCCGGUUGUGAACUCUACGCCAGUCCUCAGCCGCGCAGUGAACGUUUGUCACGCAAAGAUCUGGAUGCCCGUGUGCGGGCUGAGAAUUUCCUCUCAUCCUUGCCACGCAAUGAGCUUAAGUAUUAUGCCGAGAUUGCAGCAAUAUUAGAGUCUUCCGAACCAGAAAUUCAAUAUGAUGCAGCUGCCUUAAAGAAGGAGGUGUCGAGGGCAUUGAGUCAACAAAAGAAGGUCUCAUUCAACGAUAAGGAGGCCCAAGAGCAGAAUGCCGCCAAUGUAAUGCAAAUGCAGCCACCAGAGGCAAGACAAAGGUUUUCAACCCCACCCAAUUCACCGAAUAUUUCAAUGGCCACAACUGGUGGUGCACCACAAAAUCCGGCCGCAUUACGUUUGCAAAAUAACGCAGCCACAACAACUCAAACAACUGUUGCUGCAGCUCCACGUCGCUGCUCACAACGUGAUGAGCAGGAAAAACGUAAAUCGGAAAGUAAUCGCUUUAAACGUCUCCAGAUACAAUGGGAACUGAUUAGCAAGGAUUCGAGUAUGCUCAAAGAAUUGGCCAAUGCGGAACAAACAAAGAGUGGCGGUUCAACGCCCACAUCAGCUCAGGCGGCAGCCAAUGCCGCUGCUGCUGCGGCAACAGCAGCCACAAAAUCACGUAUACCUCGUCCUGUGAGCUAUCCAGCUGGAAAAAGAACUGAUAUGUAUAAUCAUCAUACAACAAUGACUGAUAAUAAUACAACAACAACUACUCCUCCUACAACAACAACAAUUCAUAAAAAUGUCACUGUAAAUACUAAAAUACCUAAACCUCCACGUAUUUCUCCACAAAUUGCUAGAAUAACAAAUCAAGCGGAUGCCACCAAGACAACACGUUCACCAUCACGUCUACAGCCACCGAAACGUUAUAGCAUGACAGCGACACCACCAUCGUCAACAAGUGCUGCUGCAGCAACGCUGUCAUCACCAUUAACACCAACAACGCCCGGUGGCGGCGGUUCAGCGUCCAGGGCCCGUACCCCCAACUCAAGGGUAGCUGUGACGGCUCCAAAUACUCCCAAGAAAAGAGUGCAAUCACCAAGAACUAUUCCCCGAGUGCGAUAAAUCUAAAAGAUGAUGUAUGAAGAAGUAACAUGGAAAAGCCUAUAUGAAAACACAUCCCCCUCCUGUGUUGUAAUAUUUAUUUUCCAGUUUACUACGAUAUCAAGCCUCAGCCUAGCACGAGUUUAUAGAUUAGACAAAUAUUUAAAACAAAACAAAACAAAAAGUAACAAAACAAAAUGAUAGUCUAUAAAACAAACUCAACUCUAUGAAAAAAACAAAAUGCUUAUAGACACAAAAGACAACAAGUAAUAAGUAUUAAAAACAAAAAGUUAAACAAAAGAUGGAAAUGGAAUGCUGUACGAAAAAGAAAAUGAAAAGAAAUCCAAAAAUUGGAAACCUAGAAUAAAAAAGCCACCAGAAAAACAAAACAAACACAUAUUUAUAGGCUGCAAUGAGACGACAUUCAUGGUAUACACAAAAGAACAGCAACAACAACAAUAAGAAAAUAUUUUGCUAAUUUUAUUUUUAAAAUUAUGUAAAUUAGUUGAAGAGAAAAACUCCUCCAUAACGCUAUACAAUUCUUUUUUUAGAAUAGUUUAGUAACUGGAACAACAAACCAAACAAAAAAAAAAAAAAAAGAAUUGCAAAAUAUUUUUUCUAAAACAAUUUUUGAUUUUUCUAGAAAAUCAAUUCUUUUUCUACACAACAACCAAUCAAGAACAAUACAACAACAACAACACCAGUGAUAAUCUAAUGACAAAACCAAUUUUUAUUUGAUGGAACCACAUAGACCCAAAACCCAUUUGAGGUAGCUAAAGGCACAGCAAGAUGAUGGGGAAUAGUUUUUGGAAAAAACAACAAUGUGAAAAAAGACUUUGUAUGGUAUUUGAAGAGAGCACGAGAGAGAGCGAGUGGAAAUAGAAAACAACCUGGAUACUAGCCGUUUAGGAAAUGAAAUUUAAUUGUGUAUUUAUAUAUUUUUAUUUUUUAAAAAUUAAGAACAACUCCUAACCUAAAAAUCCUCAAAAAGGAGAAAAAAUAUCACCCUCCCUCCUCUCCCUACUUUAUCAUAAUACAUACAAUACAAAACAACCCUCACUUAUAUAUCUAUAUAUUAUAAUGAGAGAGUAAACAUAAAAUCCAAGAAAAGCUUUGUAAAUGUUUUUUGUUGCAAUAUAUAUAUUAAAAGAAAAGAAAAAAAUAAGAAUGAAAAGAAAAUCGACAUUUAAACAAUAUAAGAAGAAAAAAAAAAAGGAAGAAGAUUUAAUAUAUAAAAACAAAUCAUACUAUAUAUAUAUUUAGCAUAUAUUUGUAAAAUAUUUUCUAUAUAAACAAAGUCCACCAUUGCCCCCCCACAACAUACACACAAACACUCUAAACUCCCCAGAAAACAAAAAAAAAGGGAACUGAAAUUCCCUUUUGUAAAACAAAAGUAAAAACACAUAAAGCUCAAGUCAUUCAUUUAAUAAGUAAAGCAAAGAGUUAGAGUAAAGCAAAGAGAAGAAACAAUCUCUCAAAUCAAGCAAAACUGAGUAUGCAAAGUAAAAUACUGAAAAACAAGCAAGUUGAUAUUACAAAAAAAUGAAAAUUAUCAGAAAAAAAAGAAAAGUGUCAUGGAAAUGUAUCAAAUGAUUGGAAGGCCUUUUUCUUUCUCCAUUACGUUUUGGUUGUUAUUUUUUGUUGUUUUAAAGAUUUCAAACAAUUAUCGUUAAGACAAUAUGAUGGUUUAUACAAAUUUUGUAAAUACUUUUCUAUAUCCACUUUGGGUGUUCUAUGAAGGGGAAAACGUUAGGAGACACUAACUGCUUAGGAGGAUAUAUUGGGAUUUUAUUUUGGAAAGUGAUUUUAUAAAUGAAGCAAAAGAUUGGUUUGGUUUAGGGAUGUCCAGCUCCAUGAAUUCGGCAACUGUUUCACAUGGAGACAUUUGGUCCAUUGUGUUCAUCCAAGGAAGAAAUGAAAAUAUUGGGAAUAGGAGAGACGUAGAGGCGAGAAGGAGUGAAAAGAUCGAUCUAUAAAGAAAAGUGUUAUUAUUUUAGGAGAGUGUUUUGCCUAGCUAGGAAAUGGCUUAGAGAAAUUUGUAAAUGAUGAUGGGAUCUAUGUCUUAAAAGACCAUUAGCCUUUUGUGGGAUAACAUGGAACAUGUGCGAUCAUCUCUACCUUUUCUUUAUCUUCACAUAGUCUACAGUAGCUAGGAACAAUAUUGUCAUAUCUUGAGGUCAAAUAUCUGAUACUGCAGUGACUAGUCAGUAUGUCCACCACGAUUCUGAGAUCAGAACUACUAAUUGAUAGAAGGGAACUUGUUCUUCUCCUCGAGAUUACUGGCCAGAUGGCCUUUGAUGCCUUGCAACCGGUUUCCAAGUACCAUCUUCUACCAGCUUCUUUUAUGUGAUUUUUUGUGUUGAAGCCGCUAACUUAAUAGCUUAUUGGUGGUUUUACAGUCUAUUCAAUCGGUAUAUCAAGCGUCUGGAAUCCGUCUCGAACCCUGGAACCCAACAAAUCUUAAUGAGUCCACAUGAAAAGUUAGUGAGUCCUGUUUCAAGCAAUUUAAAAAAAAAAACGAUUGUUUCUCAAAAUUAAGACUAAUAUUCGAUAUUUUAAUCUUCCAGAAAAACUGAGUUAUAUUCCGACUUCUUGUCUGUAGAUAUAUAUUUCAGAAAUAACCCUUGAAACUAAUUGUGAUGUGCCCAAUUAAACAUCUGGGUUUUAUAGCAACUAUCAGAAACAGCAGGGAACUCCUUUGGUUAGUAAAUAUUAUAGAAGCAUCUAUAAAAAUGUUGGACUAUUUCCGAAAUUGUAAAAAUAAUGACUGGGUCAAAAUCUAGAGUAUACCCUGUCCACUUCGUAAAUUUUCCAAUAAGGACAGAAAUUGGAAAGUAAUCACAGAUCACAUAGCUUGUCCUUUUAUAAAUCCCAAUUGUUCAUUCAAAUUAACUUUUAUGGCAUCAAUUUUUUUCCUUAUCUCAAUUUUCACAUGCAAUACAAAAUGUAGUGGUCAUCAAGAACUUUCCACCUAUAAUCAGGGUUAUGUAACACGAACUAAAUAAGGAUUAUAUCCAAUAAAAGGUAUCAAGUUAGGAUUUCAAUGUCUCAAGGUUGCCAAUAUCACCCACAAUUGAAGAAAUGUUUUUAUUACAAAUAUCACAGGAACAUUAAGGUUUGUUAGUAUGACUUUUGGAAGGAUUUAUGAAAAUGUUGAAUUUUUUGUCCGAAAUUGGAACAAUAGUCAUUUUCCAUUAAGGUAUCCUAAAAGAGUUAUAACAAUCAAGAAUAGUACUGUACUCCUUUGGUUAGUGGGAAUUAUAAAAUGAUCUGUGACCUUUUAUUAAGGCACCUUUUAUGGUGUCAAUUUCAGAUUUUUCUUGAUCACAACUUCCAUAUGCUAUAAAACGUUUCGAGAAUUAUCGGAAUAUUUUUUAAGCAAGCAGUAUGUCAGCAGGGUAAUUUUACACAGACCAAAAAUGGAUUAUAUUCAAUAAUAGGCACCAAAUUACGUUUUUAAUGUUUUUAAUUUUUAAUGCAAUAUCCCAACCCAUGUGGCUAUGUUUUCUAAGAGUGGAGUAGAAUAAAGAAAAACAGGUUAGCAAUGCCUGCCAUCUCAGUUCUUUUCGAUUCCAUCCAUUUGUAUAUUUUGCAAUGCAUUAAAAUAACAACUUAGACAGAAAAUUGGAAAGAAUAAGGCCUUCAUAAAUCAAAAAUGAAAAGCAAAAACAACAUCCUACACCCAAAUAGUUAAACAAUUAAUGUACUUUUGUUUAUUAAGUACAAAUGUUUAAAUACAUUUUUUGGUUUUAAUUUGAAAAA